AUGAAAUUAAUUUUAGCAGCUCUUUUACUUUUAAUUGCAUCAAUAAGUCGAUUAGUUGUUAUUCAUAAUGGGAAAAUUGGUCAGAAAGAAGUUGUUGUUUCAAUACCUAUUCAUGAAUGUUAUCGUCAUGUCACAAAUCUUCUUACUUAUCCUCGUUGGAUACCUUCCGUUUUGGCCGUAGAAAAUUUGACGAAAUCAUUCCAUCUUGCUAUUGGUGAGGAAUUUGUUAUGGUGGUCGAUUAUGGAUUUUUAGGUACUAUGUCAUAUGUUGCACAAAUAUUAUCUGUUGAUCAAAAUUCCAGAUUCACCUUUAUUCUAGACGACUGGUUAGAGACAAGAUUUGAUUUUACCUUCACCUCUAUUGACCAAGAAAAAUCCAGGAUGAAAUUAACCAUCAGUUCAAAUAAAAAUAAUAUGUUUUAUAAACAUAUCAUCUUACCAAUUGCUCAUUUAUACUAUACAAAUUGGUUAACACAAUGUUUAUUACGUUUUCAAUUAGCCUAUUCCUAA